UGAUCGGAGGAACAUACCCUGUGAGCUAGCAGAGGUUACUAGAACCGGAGGGCAGAAAAAAAGCCCUCCGAUGAGCUAGCAGAAGGUAUUAGAGGAACGUGGGUAUGACAUUGCGGGACAUCCUAUAUUCCAAAGAAAAAUAUUUUGUGAACCCCUCCUACCCAAUCAGUAACUCGUAAUCCGAAUAAUUUGAGGAGGUCACCACAAUUUAAUUAAAAGGUCCCCAUUGACUCAACUAUAUCCCAUUCAUUAUGUACGAAAUAGUGCGAUGUCUACUGAUUUUUUAUUGUUUCAUGAGAGUACUGUUUUCAAUUUUUUUAAACCGGUGAACUCUUGGCCUCGGCUGUCGUCUUAGCAAAAACUAUCUAUAUGAUCCCUUUGGAGUAUAAAACUGAGAGGGACUAGGGACCAGUCGACUAUUUCCCGCCAAGUUUUUUCAAGAUGGCGGACGAAGAAGGUGAAACAGUCCAAGGAAGCGAAGAUCUUUCUGGCACUCAAGAAGAAGACAAGCCAUCAAAACUGACACAGUUUCCACAAACGAGAGUACGGAAUAUGAUGAAACUGGAUCCUGACCUGCAGUUAGCGAAUAAAGAAGCAGUUUUUGUAGUUACACGAGCAGCGGAAAUGUUUGUAGAAUAUUUUGCAAAAGAAGCGUACAAAAAGACAGUACUUGGAAAAAGAAAGACAAUACAAAAGAAAGACUUGGAUGCAACAGUUGAAGAAAAUGAACAGAUUGCAUUUUUGGAAGGAAUUUUGGAAUGAAAUCAAGAGAGAACCAUCAUCUUGGAAGAUGUUCUCUUCUGCAGUCCUCUUAGACAGAUAAGAAACAAGAAUAAUAAAAAAAGUUACAUUUAGAUUAAAAAUGCCCUAAGAUAAUCAAAAAGAAAUGACUGUUUUUUAAUAUCGUUUUUGUAUCCUUAUAAAAACGAUUGUAAGUAAAUAUUAGAUUCUAUUUAUUAAUAAUGUGCAGGUAAUUAUAAAAUUAUACCUUGGGGUGUUAAAAUAGUUUGUGUUCAUCAAAUUUGUGUUUUAAGCUUUUGAAAGUGAUUUAUUUCGUUAAAAAGAUUAAACCAAAACUAUGUCGAGUCCCUGUUUUUACGUGCCCAAAGUCACUAGCUUUAGAUAUGUAGCUUCUGCUUAGCAUAAUACCUUUUUUUCAAAAGAAAAUUUUGAACGAGGAUUUUAAAGUUUUGAAUCUUUUUUGCUGUUGCGGGAUGAGAUAUGAUUUUGGUUGAUUUAAUUAUAUAUUUUUUGAAAUGUUUAAAA